AUGCGGACUACUGAUCGUAACAUCCACCGGGCUUACCAGUUCAGACCUAUUGGCCCAUACAAUCCUCAGAGGGCAAGGCUGUUCCUUUUCCUUCCAGUUCAGAUCAAACCGCUAGAUGGAGUUCUAGGGACUUUACUAGGAAUAUUGGUUCUUGCUCUGGUCAUCCUCAUGGGCCAUCCGGGAACACAAGGCGAAGAGGGACUAGCCGGAUAUGAGGAGUUCAUGUCGUGUGAGGCCACGAACGGCGUGUCAAUGCCAAAUUUGAUCCAUAAAUUCUCAGCUAAGAGGUUCAAGAUAGUGGCGAGGGUGUCAUCGCUCGACGACCUCCUGCGAACCCGAAGAACACAGCCGGGCAAUGGGACGAUCACACCCUUCAUGGGACAGAACACGACUAAAUAUAGAUACUCAAGGUGCUGUAAACACGGCUGCUUCCAAAACAGUUUCAGCUACGCAGAGGCUCCACUUGAGCAAGAACCCGAGGAAAACGACGAGUUUCCAAGCAAGCGAGACGAAACCUCAAAGCUGCUAACUCAGAACGGAACAGCAAUUUCAGUCAACAAUUGCCCGCAUUUUGUUGCCUCCGCACUUCAAGGGAGACUGGGGUAUUCACCAGAAGAGAUGGUGGGAAGCUACAAGUGCAAAUCAACAACCAUCUGCACACUAACGACUUUCCGCGCCAUGAGAAAAAUCCGCAACUUGACAAACACCCAUACCAAGACUACCAUCUACAGCACCCUGAAAACUACCCGCGCUAUGAAGACUCCCCGCAACCUGGUAAUUACUGAGCCGCUGUCCCCAAGCCGGUUCAGGAACAGCUUGUGCAUGACAAAAUUGAACUGCGGCCAUAUCAAGUUUAUCCAGUCAUGGGAAUCCAGGCAUUCUCAACCUAAGAUCAAUGGAACUAAUGGGUACAAUUCUCACCUAAUAUCCACCUGGUCCGCCUCACUGGUUGAAGGGCUCCCACAACAACCGCCUAUCGCCGCUUCCCUUCCUAGGUAUGAUACAUCACUUUCAAUGAUGCUCGAUAUUGCGAAUGCUCUGUCUCCAAAUCCCACCGAACAACUGGGCUGGAAGCGCCAAGGUCCUAGGAAGAUUGAUAGAGGAAGGCAUGGGAAACGAGUAAGAAAGGAACUCGGCGCCGAUUUAGAGGAAGAAAUGCUGAUGCUGCUGUCACCGCAGAAAUAA